AUGUCCGCGCACGAAACGUACGCCAUCUUAGGCUCGACAGGGAACUGUGGCAGUGCCCUCAUCGAGAAUCUUCUGAAGAGGCCAGAAUCUCGAAUCCAUGCAUAUUGUCGCAACCGCAACAAGCUCUUACACCUUCUACCCGAAACAAAUGAAAACGGGCGGGUGGAGAUUUUCGAAGGCAGCAUCCAAGAUCAUGAGCUUUUAGCAUCGUGUAUCCGCGAUGUCCGGGCUGUCUUUCUAGUUAUCACCACUAACGAUAACAUUCCCAACUGUUCCCUUGCCCGAGAUACUGCCAACGCCGUGAUACAGGUCCUGUGGAGUAUGCAGGACGCCACCGCCCGUGGCGGUGCCAGUACCAAAAGCAUGCCCAAGAUCAUUCUUCUUUCAUCGGCCACCAUCGACGAGAACUUUUCCCGAAACAUAAAUACCGUGCUACAAUUCCUCCUAUUACGCUCGUCUUCUUACGUCUAUAAGGACUUGAAAGAAGCGGAGACACUACUUCGUGCCCAGAAGGACUGGCUGACUUCUGUCUUCAUCAAACCCGGGGCUUUGUCGGUUGACGUCCAGCGCGGCCACGCUCUAAGUCUGUCCGAUGAAGAGAGUCCUGUAUCUUAUCUCGAUUUGGCUGCUGCCAUGAUUGAGGCGGCGGAUGAAGACCAGGGAUGCUAUGAUAUGAAAAAUGUUAGCGUGGUCAAUACCAAUGGUAGAGCAAAGUUCCCACUUGGUACUCCUCCAGCCAAACUGAAAGUGACCAUGAGUGGAAACUUGCGCCCUCCUCCUCUAUCGUCCUUCCGGCAACCCGCGUCCGAUCUCGUAGACGACGUAGCCUUCUUCAGCUACGACUGGAGUGUAUCGGGCUACUUACAGGAAGAUUCAUCCGAACCAUCAUCCACCACAGCUUCCGAAAGCUCAAACCCCCUUUAUGAUUCACACGUCGACACUGCGAAGCAAACGCCAAAUCCGAAAAUUGCCAUCCCUCGAGCCACAAACACAAAACCAUUAGCCAAUCCAGGCCGGGUCUCCAGGGCAUGUGUAAACUGCCGCGAUCAAAAGGUGAAAUGCAGUGGCCACCGUCCAACAUGCCAUCGAUGCCAAAUGUCCGCUGUUACGUGCAUCUAUGGUGAUCGAAAGCGCGAGAAAAUGGUCAAACAACUUGAUGAUUUGACAGCCCAGGUCGAAACGUAUGAAACCCUCCUACGAAAUAUCUAUCUCCAUCCCGAUCACCACCCUGAUACGCCUGUCAAUCAACCUGGCGCAAUAGACGCACCUCCUCAUCCGCUGAAUAAAAUUCCAAGCACGUCUCUGGCAUCGCCACUUCCGUUGCGAGUAUCUGACAAUGCUAAUACACCAGCUUGCACGAUUGGCCCCGUGGAGUUUGUCGAAGAAGAUUUCAAUCGCGAUGCAGAGGCGCAGGCUACCGGUUUUAUCGGCGGACAUUCGGAAAUAAAGUGGCUACACCAACUCAAGCGUUUUUUGGAGCAAAAGGAUCCAACACUGGGCAGUCCCCAGAAGGAUGCAGACAUCGCCUCGCUGUCAUCUGUGAACUAUUUCCCCGAUGAUUCGGGGACUGUGAUCUCAGAUAACGUGGCCAUGAUGGAACGGCCUUCGCAAGGGAUCGCAGAUCAACUUGUCAACAACUACUUCAGUGUUAUACAUGAAUCUUUUCCAUUUCUUGGAAAGAGUCUCUUCCUAAGUCAGUGCCGAGCUUUCUAUUCGAAUGCAAAUCUACGACCAGGAAGAAGAUGGAUGGCAGUGUUGAACAUGGUAUUCGCCAUUGCCGCGAGACAUUCUUGCCUCGCAUCGUGCCAUGCCCAUCACGACCAUGAUGACCAUGCAGUAUACUUCUCACGGGCUUGGCAGCUUAACACGCACGAUGUUGCGUCUUUAAGUCAUCCAAACCUACAGCAGGUGCAAGUGGAAGCACUAGCCUCUUUUUACCUUCUUUCAAUUGGACAAGUCAACAGGUGGAGCAUCUUCCUUGCUUAG